AUGGUGACAGUCCACCAGCUCCACGUCAAUGCUCCCCCGCACGUGAUUCCCCCACCUCCUAAAACAGUCCACCAGCUCCACGUCAACGCCACCUAUGCUCCCCGCAACGUGAAUCCCCCGCCUCCUAAAACAGUCCACCAGCUCCACGUCAAUGCCACCUAUGCUCCCGCAACUCCACCAGCUCCACGUCAACGCCACCUGUGCUCACCGCAACGUGACUCCCCGCCUCCUAAAACAGUCCACGAGCUCCACGUCAACGCCACCUAUGCUCCCCGCAACGUGAUUCCCCCGCCUCCUAAAACAGUCCACCAGCUCCACGUCAACGCCACCUAUGCUCCCCGCAACGUGAUUCCCCCGCCUCCUAAAACAUUCCACCAGCUCCACGUCAACGCCACCCCCCGCCUCCUAAAACAGUCCACCAGCUCCCUCCACCAGCUCUACGUCAACGCCACCUAUGCUCCCGCAACUCCACCAGCUCCACGUCAACGCCACCUAUGCUCACCGCAACGUGAUUCCCCGGUUCCUAAAACAGUCCACCAGGUCCACGUCAAAGCCACCUAUGCUCCCCGCAACGUGAUGCCCCCGCCUCCUAAAACAGUCCACCAGCUCCACGUCAACGCCACCUAUGCUCCCCGCAACGUGAAUCCCCCGCCUCCUAAAACAGUCCACCAGCUCUACGUCAACGCCACCUAUGCCCCCGCAACUCCACCAGCUCCACGUCAACGCCACCUAUGCUCACCGCAACUCCACGAGCUCCACGUCAACGCCACCUAUGCUCACCGCAACGUGAUUCCCCCGCCUCCUAAAACAGUCCACCAGCUCCAAGUCAACGCCACCUAUGCUCCCCUCCACCAGCUCCAAGUCAAUGCCACCUAUGCUCCCCGCAACGUGAUUCCCCCGCCUCCUAAAACAGUCCACCAGCUCCACGUCAAUGCCACCUAUGCUCACCGUGAUUACCCCCGCCUCCUAAAACAGUCCACCAGCUCCACGUCAAUGCCACCUAUGCCCCCGCAACUCCACCAGCUCCACGUCAACGCCACCUAUGCUCCCCGCCACGUAAUUCCCCCGCCUCCUAAAACAGUCCACCAGCUCCACGUCAACGGCACCUAUGCUCCCCGCAACUCCACCAGCUCCACGUCAACGCCACCUAUGCUCCCGCAACGUGAUUCCCCGCCUCCUAAAACAGUCCACCAGCUCCACGUCAACGCCACCUAUGCUACCCGCAACGUGAUUCCCCCGCCUCCUAAAACAGUCCACCAGCUCCACGUCAACGCCACCUAUGCUCCCCGCAACGUGAUUCCCCCGCCUCCUAAAACAGUCCACCAGCUCCACGUCAACCCCACCUAUUCCACCAGCUCCACGUCAACGCCACCUAUGCCCCGCAACGUGAUUCCCCCGCCUCCUAAAACAGUCCACCAGCUCCACGUCAACGCCACCUAUGCUCCCCGCCACGUAAUUCCCCGGCCUCCUAAAACAGUCCACCAGCUCCACGUCAACGUCCACCAGCUCCACGUCAACGCCACCUAUGCCUCCCGCAACGUGAUUCCCCACGUCCCUAAAACAGUCCACCAGCUCCACGUCAACGCCACCUAUGCUCCCCGCAACGUGAAUCCCCCGCCUCCUAAAACAGUCCACCAGCUCCACGUCAACGCCACCUAUGCUCACCGCAACGUGAUUCCCCCACCUCCUAAAACAGUCCACGAUCCACUCCACCAGCUCCACGUCAAUGGCACCUAUGCUCCCCGCAACGUGAUUCCCCCGCCUCCUAAAACAGUCCACCAGCUCCACGUCAACUCCACCUAUGCUCCCCGCAACGUGAUUCCCCCGCCUCCUAAAACAGUCCACCAGCUCCACGCACGCCACCUAUUCCACCAGCUCCACGUCAACGCCACCUAUGCUCACCGCAACGUGAUUCCCCCGCCUCCUAAAACAGUCCACCAGCUCCACGCAACGCCACCUAUGCUCACCGCAACUCCACCAGCUCCACGUCAACGCCACCUAUGCUACCCGCAACGUGAUUCCCCCCGCCUCCUAAAACAGUCCACCAGCUCCACGUCAACGCCACCUAUGCCCCCGCAACUCCACCAGCUCCACGUCAAUGCCACCUAUGCUCCCCGCAACGUGAUUCCCCCGCCUCCUAAAACAGUCCACCAGCUCCACGUCAACGCCACCUAUGCCUCCCUCCACCAGCUCCACGUCAACGCCACCUAUGCUCCCCGCAACGUGAAUCCCCCGCCUCCUAAAACAGUCCACCAGCUCCACGUCAACGCCACCUAUGCUCACCUCCACCAGCUCCACGUCAACGCCACCUAUGCUCCCCGCAACGUGAAUCCCCCGCCUCCUAAAGCAGUCCACCAGCUCCACGUCAACGCCACUUAUGCUCCCGCAACUCCACCAGCUCCACGUCAACGCCACCUAUGCUCCCGCAACGUGAUUCCCCCGCCUCCUAAAACAGUCCACCAGCUCCACGUCAACGCCACCUAUGCUACCCGCAACGUGAUUCCCCCGCCUCCUAAAACAGUCCACCAGCUCCACGUCAAUGCCACCUAUGCUCACCGCAACCCUCCUAAAACAGUCCACCAGCUCCACAUCAACGCCACCUAUGCUCACCGCAACGUGAUGCCCCCACCUCCUAAAACAGUCCACCAGCUCCACAUCAACGCCACCUAUGCUCCCCGCAACGUGAUUCCCCCAGCCUCCUAA